AUGAAGGCAGCGAUAACCGGAUUGGUGGCGACCGUGACGACCUUUCUCGCCUACAUUGUCUUCCUCUCGUAUACCCCUCGUGUUGACAAGAAAUCCCCCCAAUUCACUCCCAACACCGUGCCACUGGUGGGGUCAUGGAGUUUCUUCACGCAAAAAUGGGCAUUCUGGCAAGACUGCGUGGCCAAGAGCCAGACCGGGCACUUCAGCUUCUGGCUCGGCAAGUACCACGUUGUUGGGGUGUCGGGGGCAGCGGCCCGCAAAGUGUUCCUCGACAACCCUAACUUCGACUUCGUGCGCGGGGCGACUCUGGUCGGCCACGGCCCGGACUUCGUGCCUCCGCUGCACGCGAUUUUCCACGGCAACUUCCAGAACGGCCGCAGCUACUUCCAGCGCCGCCUGGUGGACUUGCAGAAGUCCGAGCAGCUGGGGAAGCGUCUGCCCGGCGUGACGAGGGACGCGCGCGGGGCAUUCGAGGCGCUCCGCCAGCACGCCUCCGGUGUCAUGAACCCGACGGACGCCUGCUAUCGCCUGGUGGUGCAGCAGGCCUGUCGCGUGGUGUGCAGCGACGAGAUCGCGGACGAUCCGGCGGUGCUCGCGAGGACCCAGAGCGUGCUGUCGCUGCUGAUGCACACCAGCAGCAUCCACGCCGUGGCGCUGCCCUACCUACCCUCGCUGGCCAAGCUGAAGCGCCGCUGGGGCCGCUACGGCCUGAGCCGGAUCGUGACGCCGAUUGUGCAGCGCCGGCUGCAGAAGAAGAAGGAUGCCCCGCGCCACGAUGACGUGGUGCAGUACAUGCUCGACCGCGGCGACUCGCCGGAGUGGAUGGUGGCCUUCUUCAUCUCGACGCUGUUCAUCGCCUCCGCCAACGCCGGCUACCUCAGCGGCGCGAUGCUGAACAUCCUCGCCUACCACCCGGACUGGCAGGCGCGCAUCUACCGCGAGAUCAAGACUGUCGCCGCGGCGCACGCCCCUAAUCCUCACGCGCCCCUGGUCGACCAGCUUGACACCAUCCCGCUCGACGCCUGGGAGUCCUUCUUCCCCUCCAUCGACCUCUGCUUCAAGGAAGCCAUCCGCAUGUGGGUCGCCUUCCCCAUGAUUCGCCUCAACAUGGCGCCCCACGCCGUCCCCAUUCCCGGCACCGACGAGGUCGUCCCCGCCGGCACCUUCGCCUCGUACAACUCCACCGAAGUCCACUUCAACCCCGAGCUAUACCCGGAUCCGUACCGUUACGACCCCGAGCGCUUCCGCGAGGGGCGCGAGGAGUUCAAGAAGGAGGUCUACGGGUUCGUCGGAUGGGGUCAAGGUCGACAUCCCUGCUUGGGCAUGCGGUGGGCGAAAAUUCAGCUGAAUAUCAUCCUGGCUUAUGCUCUGGCGAUGUACGAGUGGAGCGGGUGUGACGAGAAGGGCCAGCCUAGCACCCACUUCGACCGCAAGACGGACCUCAACGCGCCGGGGCCGAGUCUGCCCGUGGGCCUAUUCUGCAAAUAUGUGCCCCGGAAGGAGGUGUGA